UGCAUCUCGGAGACUGGUAGCACUUUCAGCAUUGCUGACCAACUGACUGAAGAGCUGACUACAGAAUUCAAAGAAUCUUUUUCACUAUUUGAUGAGGAUGGUGAUGGAACUAUAGCAACAAAGAAACUGGGAACUGUAACGAGAUCUUGUGGGUAGAAUUCCACAUAAGCAGAGUUACAGCACAUGAUUAAUGAAGUGGAUGCUGAUGGUAACAGUACAGUUGACUUCCUGGAAUUUCAGACAAUGAUGGCAAGAAAAAUGAAGGACAUAGACAAUGAACAAGAAAUUACAGAAGCAUUCUGUGUGCUUGAUAAGGAUGGCAAUGGCGAUAUUAGUGCAGCAGGGCUUCACCAUGUGAUGACAAACCUUGGAGAAAAGUUAACAGAUGAAGAGGUUGAUGAAAAAAUCAGGGAAGCAGAUAUUGAUGGUGAUGGUCAAGUAAACUAUGAAGAAUUUGUACAAAUGACAGCAAAGUAAAGACACUGUACAGAAUGUCUUGUACAUUUCUUGUACAAAAUUAUUUGCUCUUUCUUUGUAACUUAUCUGUAAAAGGUUUCCCUUUACUGUCAAAAAAAGAUA